UUGCGCGCGGCUGGCUCGCCCAGAACGCAGCUAUGGAGCUAACGCCAGGCGUAGGGCCUCCGCCUCUGGAGGAGCGGCAGCACCUACAGCAGGAGCUGAGCGACUUUGUGGAGACCUGCUACAAGACGCUGGAGGAGGUGACAGCUUCUCUAGGCUGGAGUCUCGACGAGCUGGAUCCCGGGGAACGAGACCAUGAGGAACAGGAGCAGAAUGAAACUGUGGUAUGCCCAUAUGAUUCUAAUCAUCACAUGCCAAAGUCAUCUUUGGUGAGGCACAUGGCAUCUUGUAGGCUCAGGAAAUUGGAUUAUACAAAAGAAGAAGAGGCUGAAAUGUAUGAUUCUGCUUUUUUCUAUGGGAAUGCAAGGAUACCUGUAGUUCACCUGGAUAAGAAUUUACAGUUCCAGAUACUUAAACAAGCUAGAGCUUCAAGUGGAAGAGACAGUGAUGUUUAUAGUCAAAGGAUUUAUUCUUCAGUGCCUAUUGAAGUGCCUCAGAAUCAUAAGCGUUUCAUCUGUGACCUGACCCAAGCUGAUCGUCAUGCCAUCUUUGAUUAUGUUCUUGAGGAGACAAAGAAACAGCGGUCCAGGUCUCAAAUCACUGAAAAUGACAGUGACCUUUUUGUAGACCUGGCUGCUAAAGUCAAUCAAGAUGAUAGUCAAAAAGGUCCAAAAUCUCAUCUUGAAAUUCUGGCAGAAAUGAGAGAUUAUAAAAGACGACGUCAGUCCUACAGAGCAAAGAAUGUUCAUAUAACCAAAAAGUCUUAUACUGAGGUGAUUAGAGAUGUGAUCAGUGUGCACAUGGCAGAGCUCAGUAAUCAUUGGCAAGAGGAAGUGGAACAAGCAGAGGAUGAUGCUGAAAAUGCUUCUAACUCAGCCAAAUCUUCAGGAAGAAAGGAGGAGAGACGCUCAGCUUCAGCAGACUCACGACAGUCUGGGGAAAGCCAUAAGGAUACCGAGCACUCACGACAUAGAAGAGAUAGAAGUCGGAGCCCACGUAAACGCAAAAGAAGUAAGGAGAAGGAGAGAGAUAGGGACUUGAGAAGAAAGAGAGACAGGGAUGAAGAAAGGCAUCAUGGCCAUAAAAGAAGAAAAUAGCAGAGUAAGGGUCAGGAAAAUAAGUGGAAUUAUUUAUACAUAUGUGUUUAUUAAUGAUGUUUAUGUAAUAUAAACUAAUGAAGAUAGUUCAACUAUCUCAGCUACUUGAGGGACCAAGGAACAUAAAGUACUUAUUUUUAUUGUAAUUGCGUUUUGCUGGGACUGUGUGUAAUUAAAGUAUCUGUGUAAUGCUUGGAUUAUUGUUUUUUCAAUAAACAUUCAUUAAUAUCAAACUUUGUUAGUUGCUAAAAACCUUAACUAUAUACUUUAAUUCCCUUGCCGUGAUGGGAUAUAGCUAGUUUCUCAUUUCCGAAUUUGUUGGGGAAUUUUGUUCUUGGUCACUUAUGACAUAUAUCAUAAAAUGCUUAAGCUAGUCUAAAUAAGAAAGCAUAUGUUAGAGCAAAAGCCUUAAGCCAAGAAAUUUGAGACUUGGCAGUCAAAGUCCAGUUUUCUUAAGAUCUCAUAAUUUCCUUGUGCUUUCAAGCAUUCAGGUGAAAAAUUGGCAUAAAUGUCAAACAUCUGGGACCUAAAUGGCAAAAUACUGGCCUUUCAUCCGGUAGCCCUGGGUUAAAAAUUCCAGUGUGCUUCCCAAGUAAAAAUGAAGCUUAAACUCUUUCAAGUUAGUAGACAGUGACAAAAUAACCAUAGAAUUUGCCUCACCAGUUAUAUUAACUUUCUUCAUACUUGACAUCCAUAAGAUUUAUGAGUAGGGACCUUGAAGCACAUCCAUUUUGCUUGCUGGAUUUAUGAACAGCUGUAAAUUGCCUUAGAUUAAAUUUUUAGGACUCCUAAUAGCAAGAGUUUUCCUUUUAAAUUUUGUUACAGGCUAGGCAUGGUGGCUCAUGCCUAUAAGUAAUCCCUGCUUCCAAGGAGCCAGAGACUGUCUCUUGAGCUAGGGACUCCUGAAUUGCAGUGGGCUAAGCUGAUACUGGGUGUCUGCAGUAAGUUCAACCUUAAUGUAUUGAGUCCCUUGGGGCAGAGGGAGCACCAGGUUGCUUAGAAAGGGUCAAACCAGCUUAGGUUUGGUCAGAAAUGGUCAAGCCUCCUGUGCCGAUCAAAAUGAGACUGGGCCCGAGAGUAACCCCUGCACUGCAGGCUGGGAGAGAUGUGGAGACUCAGACUUUAAAAAAAAAAAAUUGUCACAUGCUUUACUUGUGGGUAGGCACUGUUUUUCUUGUGGUUUUUUGUUUUUUAGAUAUAGAACAAUUAUUUCCUCCAGCACAGAAUUUGCCUAAGAUUAAAAAGAUUCGUAUUAAAACACUCAUUAGACUCUUUAUGUUUUCUUGGGAGGUAAAUACAAAGCUCUGGCACUGCUUCCACAGCUGGGCCUGACAUUUUACAUUUACUUCAGCAGAUCUGCUGAGCACGUCACAAGAUCUUCUGGCUAGCCAGGCAUGGCUUUUAGUUAUUCAGUUUUCAGAAUGGUCUUGUCAGUGGUCAUCUGCUCAUUUUGAGAUAUGUGCUAAGAUGGAUGUGGCCCUCUGGGUCCCUGGCACUUGACUUCAGAACAUCCAUUUCUCAGAAUCAGUGUUUCUUGACCUCAGGGGGGAAAAAAACCCAGAAAGGUACCAGAAGCAAGCAAUUAAUGAGUUGGUCUUGCCUUAGAAAGCACAUGUUUACAGUGCCAUGUACUACAGCUACUGUUGCCAGGGGGGCAAUGGGAGAGAGGAGUAUCAAGGGAAAGAAAGCUGGAUGGAUCCCCAAAAUAUCAGGGUCCAAAGAAUCCAUGCCUUCAUUUAAGGAGCAUCAUUUGAAUUUCUUUCUCACUAGGAUGUUUAUGUUUUACCAACUAUAAAAGAAAGUCUUUAUGUAAAGAUUACAUUAUAAAUAGUAAAACUGAACAGCUAAAUCCAGUUUGUGGAAAUGAAAAGAAAGGAGAGAUGUGAAAAAAAAUAGCAUAGAGAAGAGGAAACCUCUAAAAUGAGACAAAAUUAAAAUCCAAGUUGUAAGGAGAAAAAAUAUAUAUA